CCAUUUCCCGUUUUCUUCAGUACUGGAUCAACUACCGGAGGGCUAUUGGGUGUUGCCCCACCAACAAUUUAUUCGAAUAUGAUUAAUCAGACAAUGCCAAAUAUGCCAAAUUACUCUGGCUCUGUUUCUGGAGCAGUCCCUGGGUUGCUUGGGAUGAUUCCAGGCAUAACUCAAGGAGCAUCAGGCGGUGUCAUUUUACCCGGAGUUGGCUUUUCACUUGGGGAAGUUUGCCGUGAAUAUCUUUAUGGACAAUGUGCCAAAACUGAUUGUAAGUUUAAUCAUCCACCUCACAAUCUUCUAAUGACUGCCUUAGCUGCCACCAGCAGCAUGGGAACACUUAGCCAGGUUCCUAUGGCACCUUCUGCUGCUGCAAUGGCUGCCGCUCAGGCAAUUGUGGCUGCACAAGCACUUCAAGCCCAUGCUGCCCAAGCACAGGCUCAAACAAACUCUGCAAAUGACACCUCAGGAUCUGCUGGGAAAGAGACAGCGGCCAAUUGCCUUAAGAAAAUUGUGCAAGUUAGCAACCUUAGUCCACUUCUAACUUUGGAUCAGUUGAAGCAACUCUUUGGGUUUUCAGGAACAAUUGUUGAUUGUAGCAUUACUGAGUCGAAGCACUUAGGUUACGUAGAAUACUCUAAGCCAGAGGAAGCAACUGCUGCUUUGGCGUUGAACAAUAUGGAAGUUGGUGGACGGCCCUUGAAUGUUGAAAUGGCUAAACAACUUCCUCCAAAACCAGUCACUUUAAAUUCCUCUAGCACAUCAUCUUCUUUGCCUUUAAUGAUGCAGCAGGCUGUUGCCAUGCAACAGAUGCAAUUUCAGCAGGCUCUCCUAAUGCAACAAGCAUAUACUGCUCAGCAGGCUGCCAGUCGAGCUGCAAGCAUGAAGAGUGCUACUGAUCUUGCAGCUGCUAGAGCUGCAGAAAUAAGUAAAAAACUAAAGGCUGAUGGACUUGUCACUGAAAGCAUGGAAACAUAUGAGAAAUCGAAGUCACCACCUGACACUCGAGCAAGGUCAAAGUCUAGGUCAAGAUCCAGAUCCAAAUCCAAGUCCAAGUCAAGAUCUCCCAUCAAUUAUAGACGAAGGAGAAGAUCUCGUUCCUUCUCCCCUCCACCAAGACGGUUAAGAGGGUAUAGAUCCAGAUCACCAAUUAGAUCCCUCCAUUUUUCAAGAUUUGAGGAUGAGCGCCGGUCUUAUAGGGAUAGUAGGUAUGCCAAUGACAGAGGUAGAAGGUGGGAUUCUGGUAGAUCAUAUAACCGCCGGUCACCUGUCUCAAGGAGAAAUAGAAGUAGGAGUGUAACCCCUCGUGCUAGGAAGUCGUAUAGGGAUGAUUCAGACUCUCCAAGACACCGUCAUGAAAGUCCGGUUCACAAGACACACUCUUCUCGUGCUGAGUCUACGUCUCCGGAACAUCGAAGGAAUAGGUCAUCCCUGAAGAAUGAUGAAAGUAAAUCAAGACAUAGACGACGGUCAAGGUCAAACUCUGUGGAAGUUAGUCAUUCACCCAGUGAUAAAGUUGGUAAUGAUAAACAUGGAAAAUCAAAAGAUAGAAAAAGGAGACACUCAAGGUCAGUUUCACCACACGAUGAUCUGGAUAGACAAAAUAGAUUGUCCCCUAAAACCUAUGAUGAAAAGAAACCAAAGCAAAACCUGCAAAGGAGAGAAUCAAAGUCCAGAUCACCAGAUGCAAAACACCAUUCAAAUAGAAAGAGAGAAGAUAAAGCUAGAAAUAAUGAGGAUAGAAGGAUAUCGAGGUCGAGGUCAAGGUCUAGAUCCCCAGAAGGAAAGCAUCACACAAGUGACAAAUCAGAUAGAGAAAAAAAAGAGAAAUCUAAGCAUCAUUCUAGAAAGCGUUCCAUAUCUAGGUCCAGAUCUCCCAUUGAGAAACACCACUCAAGUAGUAAGCUGAACAAGAGCAGGGAAGAGAAAUCAAAGCGUCAUGUGAGAAGGCAAUCCAGAUCAAGGUCUGUUGAAGGUAAGCGACAAAGAAGUAGUAGGAGGUCCCCAAAGCACUCAGAUGAACGCAGAUCAAGGCAUCGGAAGCGCUCUAGAUCUAAAUCUCUAGAAAGCAAAGAUGAACCUGAACAUAAUAUGGAUGUCGAAAAUUAUGAAGUGACAAGGCAUGCUGAUGAAAAACCUGGGGAGUUAGCUGGCGUCUUGGAGACUGAUCUACGUAGUCCUGUAUCAAUGAAGUUGGAUGGUGAAAAUGGUCAUCUUGAGGACUGUAAUGAAUGUGAGAAACAAGAGAUUAAUGUCUUUGAAGUUGCUGACUCAACCAUAAGGGAACAAGAUCAUCUUAAUUUAGAUGCAUAGGUGCAGGGGAUCUAGAUAUUUUCUCUCAUUGGACGUUGAUUCAUCGCUUUCUCAUUCAAUAUUUGAGGGAUGGUUAUUCGAGAGUAACUUGACAGAGGAUCAUGUUGAAGCUUUGGUUUGAGGAGCGAGAUGCCAUUAUGUACAAGGGAGAGGGCUAUCUUACAAGGCCUUGUGGUCAUUUUUGAUUACUCGCUGUUCCUGUGACAAAUUCGCUGUUUCUUUCUGUUGCAGGUGGUGAUGAUGGAAACAAUCGGAGUCUGAUGAAGCAAUGAUUUUUGGCUGGUAUUAGUAUUCAACAAUUGUCUUUUAACAAUUGUGGAUCAUCUGUGCAAUGUUUUUAUAGCAAACUAUUAAUUAACGUGCUGUACGGUGGAGUGUGGACUAUUACCUCUAUUUCGAGGUAGUAAAUUUCUCUAUUGUAUGCCAAUGCAAGGAUUCGUGCUAAUUCUAUGUGUGGUAUCUAUAAAUUGCCUAUGAACGUUUUCUUCAUCCCUGUGUUUCACUGCUAUUCAGAAGGGUUCUGAGUUUGAUUUGACCUCAUAUUCUCUUGCAUAUUACUGUCAUUGUAUCAAAUAAGUUCAUUAUUUAAUGCACUGCAUUUUUUAUGACACGCUGUGUUUGGUUGUGAUCCAUUUGUUGUAGCUCUUUAAAUCUUAGUUGUGUGGGUGUUUUAUUAACUAGGAUUCCCGCAGGUGUUAUUUUUUCUGCUAGUAGCUUGGCUAGUUUGCUAUUCCGUUAAAUUAUAAAAAACAUGCAGGAUCAUGCUGUUCUAUGGGCGCUUGGUGAAAUGAGUCAAACAGUUUAUCUGAUUGUUUGUGAAGGUAUGCAUCUGCAGAAAUUGGUUCUUCCGGACAUUUGCUAAAGCUUGCACAACUAUCCGGCAUUAGAAUCAUGAGUUUGAAAUGUUUAUGUAGGAAUUUUAUUGUGAAAUUUAAGGUUAUGAUUAUUCUAUGCUUUGGCCCUGUCCUAAUCUUCUACUUUUUUUUCUUGUUGGUACCAUCUCUCCCUUUCUUUUCUUUUCUUUUCCUUUCUUUUUCUUUCGAUCUUUCUUUCUUUCUUCCCUACUACUGCUUGGUUAGGUAGUCGAUGCAAGUUACACAACCAGGUAUUGCUGAGAUGGGUAGCAUUAGCAUCAUUGUGCUCCUUUGCGUCCAAGUAUGUCAAGAUUUGAUAGGUUUAUGUUCUUUAAUGCACAGAGAAUGUGAAAUGCUAUUCUAUAACAGGUAAUUCCCUUCAAAAAUUAGAUUUCAUCAUUUAGCUACAUAAAUGUAAAAAGGAUAAGGAUGUCAUAGCAUAUCAAAUGGCCAAAUGUGUCGGCAGUUUGGUGUUGUAGGCUUGUAUCAAGGCCAUUGUCUUUCCCUGUACAGAUUCAACUUAGUAGGUUAUCUUAAAUAGUCUUCCAUUGUUGCAAAAAAAUCCAGACAAUUUUCCAUCAAUUUUGUUGUGUAUCUUUAUGCAAGAUGUGGCUAUAGCCGUUCUCAGUUCUUUCAACUUUCUAACUUUUCCCCACAAAGAAUGAGUUGUGGCCCACUUGUCACAUAUCUUAAAUUUGGGUUUUUAGUCAGCGCAAACUGUAGCGAUUGUGUUCAGCUCUAUCUACAUGUAACUAAAAUUUGUCCGCCGUUGCCCCUUCUUUAAACCUUUUGAUGUACAUUAUACCAUUUUCUUUUGUGCUCCUUGGUUUUGCUGUCAGGCAACCUCUCCCCCUCUUCCAUGUCCGCUUUCUCCAACACACUGUUUUGCUUCUUUUGGUACUUUUAUGCGCUUUGGUGUUGCUGUGGGCUUAUUUUUCUUUUCUGCGAAGUUGAGAAUGCUGGACUGCACAAUUGCAAAGUGGUGGGGGGACGGACAUAUAUAAAAAAAACUGGUUCCCAUAUCUAGCAAAAGACCAUGACAUGCAUCAUGAUAACUGAUAACUGAUAAGGGCACCUAUUGAUGAGAUCCCCAAGUGUUUACUCUCUAAGUUUUGUCAUUGAUUCAAAGUUCAAAUCAUAAGAAGUGUCUUCUUAUGCAAAUGAGGAGCUUGACGGCUGAGUGGACAUCCUAGUGUAACUCAGAAGCGUGGAACAUGACGAGUACAUAACUGCUUUUUGGAAGAUGUUUCGGUUUUUCAGGGUAAUUUUGAAGCAUGCGUAGAAUUGUUGAUGAUGCAGCAACUGUCCAACAGCAGAGUUGUAAUGAUUGAAUAGUGUAUACAGAGGAUUACAGACUCCCAAAGAACAACAGUAGUAAUAAUAGUAACAUAAUUAUUAUAAAAAUCCAGUGUAUUAAUUAGAAUAACAACAGUAUAGACGAUCUAGCUGUAAGAAAACAAUUCUACAUACUGAGAUGACA